CAGGGCAGGGGUCCGGCGGUCAGUGGGAGAGACCCCCUCCGGCCGUCGCCAUGACUACAGCCGUCCGGACAGAGCUGGAGCGGUGGUUCGAGGAGACCCAGGCCAUCGGGCUCAGGAGCGGAGGUGGACUUCCCUUCUGGUACCAUGGGCUCUGUAGCAGACGGGAGGCAGAUCGACUUCUACAAGGACGGCCGGUUGGAUCCUACCUGCUGCGGCUUAGCCAGAGUCAAGGGGGGCUGGUGCUGUCCUACAGUGGUGUUGAACGGUGCCGGCACUUCAUUGUCCAGGAGGUCGGGGGUCAGUACGUGAUCCUGGGGGAGGAGAGACGGCAUCGCAGCGUCGCCCAGCUCCUCGACUACCACCGGCUCGUGCCCAUCCCCCCCUGGACCGAGCACCUCACCUCCCCCUGCCUCAAGCGCAUGGAGAGAUGUUACGAGGAGAUCUCCGGAACGCUGGACCCGGAACGGAAUUCCCGGGAUCCGUCGGGAGGGGCCGACGACGUUCCCGAUCGGUCCGGGGGAGAGACGGAACCGGAGCCGGGGGAGAGUCCGGGAGUCGGGAUGAACCCCACCGGAGGGAGACAGCGCGUGGAGAGAUGUUACGAGGAGAUUGCCGGAACGCUGGCCGCGGAGCCGAAUUCCCGGGAUCCGGGGGGAGGGGCCGACGGCGUUCCCGACCGGCCCGCGGGAGAGACGGACAUGGAAUCCGGAUUGCAGCCCCGGCAUUCCGUCCCCGUCCCCGAUCAGAUGCCGGAUGGACAUUAUGAGGAGAUCCGGGAGAUCCAGAAACGGGCUCGGAGACUGGAAUCGCCAGCUGGCAUUCCCGGACAGUCGGUGGGACUGGGAUCGGAUUCCCUACCAGCAGGAGGGGUGGCGAGCGGGAAUGGCGGAGGCUAUCAGGAGAUUCCGGACGGGCAUUACGAGGAGAUCCGGGAGAUCCAGAGACGGGCUCGGAGAUCGGGAUUGCGGUCCGGUAUUCCCGGACAGUCGGUGGGACCGGGAUCGGACUCGCUGCCGGCGGGCGGGAACGACGGAGGCUACCAGGAGAUGUCUGAGGUCCACGGUUCGACGGUGAGGGAGUCCGGGCGAUCGUGCAGCCCCAGGCGAGGUGCGGAGACCCGGGGCCCGGUGCCCACGCCCCCAGCUGCGGCCUACGCCACGGUGAACAAGGCCGGGGCCCACGUGUACACGGAGCCGGGGGAGGGAGGGCCCCGCGCCACCGCACAGCCGUUCCCCGGCCACGAGUACUCCGAGCUGGAGCCGCAGCGUGCCAGGCCGGCCAACCACUACUGCCCGGACCCCACCACCCUGACACCAGGGGCCCGAACCCUGCCCGGCAACAACAGAAGCCUGCGGCCUACUUCCCCGACCUUUGACCUCACAGCACGACCCCUGCCCGACCCCGACAGGAGCCUGCGGCCUACUACCCCGACCCUUGACCUCACAGCACGACCCCUGCCCAACCCCAACAGGCCUACCGCCCUGACCCCCGGCGCCAAGGCCCGAACCCUGCCCAACCCCAACAGAAGCCUGCGGCCUACUGGCCCGACCUCUGACCCCACAGGCCGAUCCUCGCCCGACCCCAACAGGAGACUGUGGCCUUCCACGCUGACCCGUGACCCUGCAGCACGACCCCUGCCAGACCCCAAGUCACUGCGGCCUUUCACCCCGUCCCACGACCCCACAGCCCGACCCCUGCCCAACCCCGACAGAAGCCUGCAGCCUUCUACUCCAACCCUUGACCCCACAGUGUUAAGACCGUUGCCCGACCCUAACAGGAGCCCGAGGCCUACUACCCCGACCCUUGACCCCACCGUACGACCCCUGCCCGACCCUGACCAAAGCCUGCGGCCUGCUACCCUGACCUAUGAACCCAUGGACCGGCCAACCCCCCACCCCAGCCUGCGGCCGGCAGCACCAGCCGGCGAGGCCACUCCUCCCAUCUAUGCGCAGCCAGCACGGAAACGGCGCGGCCAGAACGGCCCCGGUCCCACCGGCCCGGCGCCGGGCCCCAUCCAACUCGACGAUGUAGCGUACGGUGUGCUGUCCAGACCCGCAGCGUCCACUCCCAGACCGGGCGCCGGGCGGGCAGAGAAUCGACCCAGGGCGCCGGCAACUCGAGCCAAACCAGUCCCUCGGUCAGGGGAGGUCCCACCACGACCAGGCCCAGCAGAGCUCCCACCACGACCAGGCCCAGCAGAGCUCCCACCACGACCAGGCCCAGCAGAGCUCCCACCACGACCAGGCCCAGCAGAGCUCCCACCAAGACCAGGCCCAGCAGAGCUCCCACCACGACCAGGCCCAGCAGAGCUCCCACCACGACCAGGCCCAGCAGAGCUCCCACCAAGACCAGGCCCGGUGGAGGUCCCACCCAGACUAGGCCCAGUGGAGAAUAAACCCAGGCUAGGCCCUAUGGAGGUCCCACCCAGACUAGGCCCAGUGGAGAAUAAACCCAGGCUAGGCCCUAUGGAGGUCCCACCUAGACUAGGCCCAGUGGAGAAUAAACCCAGGCUAGGCCCUAUGGAGGUCCCACCCAGACUAGGCCCUAUGGAGGUCCCACCCCGACCGGUCCCACCCGCGCCCCGUCCAACCCCCGUUACCCCGGAGACGGGCGGAGGAGGGGGAGGGGGAGCGCGUCCGGCCUCAUCCCAAGACGGCGACCUGUACGAGACCAUCCUGGAGUACCAGCGGCCCACCGCAGCCCGGCCCGUGUGCAGGAGGGGGAGGAACUGACUGGGCCCAGCCCAGACGCAGGUUCACCAGAACGUUGCCCGGAUCCAAGC